AUGGAAGCCCGGCCCAGAAGUCCCUCGGCAAAACUCACGCGGUUUGCACCCGCCCGCCGAAAUUGGGUGCUUUACGAGACCGCCCGGGAGAAUGAAUUUUUAUCGUGGUGGCUGGACACCGACUAUGGACGACAGCUGACCAAAGGAGGAAAAUCCAAAGUAAAGUGGUCAGCGGAGUCGCGUUCCUCGGAGGUGUGGGAGCAUUUUGACCAAGUGGCAGAGCUCAGGUCCGGUAGACCGAAAGUUAUUUGUCGUUCUUGCCUCGCGACGCUUGAUCACCCACAUCACAAAUCUCAUGGGACAAGCGCGAUGGGCAAGCACUUGAAAUCCAACUCAUGUCGCAGAGGCAAGGAGAAGGCCCCUAGUUCUGCUGUCACCCCAGGCCCAAUCCAGGCCCGAGCAGAGUUUUCACCAAAGAGGAGCAGAUUCACAAAAGCACAGCUCGAAGAACAGCUUCUGCGGACAAUUAUGUCCGCAAGCCUUUCUUUUGGGCUUACGGAAGAACCCACAUUCCGAGAAUUGUUGGACCUAGUCUAUGCCGGACCUCAAGUUCAGGAAAUUCCAUCGUCAAAGCAACUCCUCCAGCAUAUUCACGACACGGCAACCACCUACCAAGAGUCACAGCUGCAGGAUCUGCCCGGAGAUUCCAAAGUAUCGAUUGCUUUGUGCUGUUGGAAAAGUCCGCUCGGGCAGGAGUUCAUGGCUAUUUAUUGCAUAUUACUUUGA